GGCAUUGCGUUGCUGUCCGGAUAAUAGUUGACGUAGCACCAUGUGAACACAUGCAUAAACAAGGCAGCUUCAAAAUUGUACAGUGGUAGAGCAGAAGGCUCUGUUUUAGUAAACUAAUAAUAUUCUUGCAUAUUAGAACAUUGAGCGAAACAGAAAACUAGUUUAUAAUCUUUUGAGCUUAAAUGGCGUCAACAGAUGUGCAGGAUGACAGCGACGACGGUAUGGACGCGUUCAUGGACAAAUUCAAAUCGCAGAGGUAUAAAAAUGCUUUCACUGACAAUAACUGGGAGGAGGAGUUCAAUAAAAUCCCCAUGUUCAUGAAAACAGCCCCAGAAGAGAUCGACCCUAAGAAAUACCCUGAGCUAGCCUGUCUCCAAUCUAUAAUCCAUAAUGAGGAUAGAUCUCCUGAAGAGCAAGCAAAGAGUCUGAAAGAUGAAGGAAAUGCAUUUUUCAAGGAAAAAAACUACAAAUAUGCAGUAGUGGCCUAUACAGCCGCUUUGAACAAGAAAUGUGAGGAUCAGGAGCUGAACGCUGUGCUACUGACAAACCGAGCAGCUUCACACUUCCACCUGGGUAACAUGCGUUCUGCACUGAAUGACGCUGCAGCUGCAAAGAAGAUCAAACCAGACCAUCUCAAAGCAUUGAUCAGAGGUGCUCAAUGCUGCGUGGAGUUGCGUAACUUUUCAGGCGCCAUCCAGUGGUGUGAUGAGGGACUGAAGUCCUACCCGACUGACAACAAACUGAUGGAGCUGAGAGCAUCUGCAGAUAAGCAUAAAAGAGCAGCAGAGAGAGAUGCCAGGAAAGCCAAGGCAAAAGAAAAGAAGCUGCAUGGUGAGAAGGAGGCCCUUCUGGGUGCUAUAAAGGAAAGAGGCAUCAAGCUUCUCCAGCCAAAAAGGUCACGACCUGAAGGUUCAGACAGUGAGGAUGAGGAUGAACGCCCAUCAGCAAGAAUAGCACAGCUGAGCCUGGACAGCCUGACCCCUGUGGAGGUCACAGGGGCUCAGGUCUUCCUGGAUGAGCAGGGCUCCUUACACUGGCCGGUUCUGUUCCUCUACCCCGAGGAUCAACAGAGCGAUUUCAUCUCAGCCUUCUGUGAGAACAACAGCUUUACAGAUCAUCUUUGUGUCAUGUUUGGGGAAGAGCUUCCACCUUGGGACACAGACAGAAAAUACCACCCACAAAACCUGCAGCUGUAUUUUGAAGAUGAGGAGAAGGAGACUCUCUACCAAGUUGAUCCAGAAAUGUCACUUUUAAAAACAUUGCAGCAUAAGAGGUUUUUUGUGAAGGCAGGCACCCCAAGCUUCAUGGUUUUAGUAAAAGACUCACCAUUCUGCAAGCAGUUUUUGUCUGAAAAGAAAAUCCAUGGAUUGUAGGCACGAACACAUAAUAUGAAAAAGUAGAGGACUGACCUGAGCGCCUUUGUUUUGAAGACUACAAUUAAACGACAACCGUCUGCUUUGACCUUGUUAAUGAAACAGGAUCUCUUGGCAAAACUUCAUUACUGUCAACAUGCUUGAUAGUUGAUAUGUGCAGGUUAUUAUGAUUGUGAUGUCUUCUUUUGAUUUUUCUGAACAUGCCUCUCUACAUCUCUAUUUUGAUCCCAUCUAUGAAAUCAUGUGGUUCAUUCAAAUGUAACUUUGUAAAAAUGAGUGUUGAUUCUCCAUAUUUUCUGGAAAUAAAUACUGCAUGCCCUUCUGAUGACA